AUGGCAACCACAGCCCACAUGGGAGCUCCACAAGGUGGAUCAUCAUCGGGGAAUACGCUUUCUUCGCUCUCCUCAAUGAAUCAUGUCAAGUCGAGAAAAAAGGGAAUGGAAUUUACGGAUGUCAAAGUGUGUCGGGGCUACCAAAACAAACUGGGAACCAUUGAUGCAAAUACAGCAAACGUUGGAGGAAGUAUAAUGAUUAAUCAGAUUAAGAAAAAUCACACAGUAAAUAUGAUGUCCAUGAAAAAGAGGGUUGACAAUGAUUUACCGUGGUCAUACAAAUAUUCAAAGAAUUUCAAUAUUGCACGGGUGAGCCCUCCAAAGAAGAUCAAAUCAUUGGCUCCUCUGAAAGAAGUUCGACAUGCGUCAGGUUCUUCUCCAAGCAAACAACCACAUUCAGCACGAGAAUAUACAUCAAAAGGAAGCAAACUAGAUUUAAAUAAGGACCACAAAAUUGAUCCUGCUCAAGAUAUUGAGGAUCCUGAAGAUCAAGAAAUAUAUGAAAAGUUUUUGGAUAUGCUGAGGAGAAGAAAAACCAUUGAGGAAGCCCGAAGAAUUGCUUCCACUGUAUUUUUAGAGGCAGAGGAACAAAUGCUGCUUAAUGCCUACAGUGGGGUUCCACAAUAUGUUGAAGGUUUCAUUUCCUCGAAUUCUUGUGGUACAGAUACUCCUUCUAAGGACGAUGAGGAAGAGGUUGAUGAAAAUUUUGGAGAAAUUGAGGAAGAAGCACCUUUCACUUCUGAAUCUCAUGAAGACACUAAGAAUGAAGGUAAAAAUCAAUACUCUCGCGCUCCACACGAAGAGGGCCUUUCACUACAGAAAGUGGAGUAA